UCCAUUUCAUCCCCAUUUACGCUCAGUGAAACAGCGUUCCCUCCGCCAGUGAUACAGUGCGUCAAAAAGUUUUCCGGUUUUUUCGUGCAUUCGACUGAUACAUUUCUGCUCGAGAUGAUGGAGUGUGAAUUUUCCUAGUGAAUAUCGGUUCAUGAUGCAGUAGCUGGCAUGACGGCUAAAACAGUAUCCAACACAACACAAAGCCCACAUAUCCGUAAUGGCACGUUACGAAACUGAAACAACAGCAUCAUAUAACCUGCACGUCAGGCAGUAUCACAAUCCUCAUGCACAACUCAACAAACUCAUCGAUCAUCGAUUCAGACAUAGAAGUGGACCUCCUACUUGUCAAAAACGUCAAGCUCGUCCUUUGUUCCACUUGUAUCCUAGCCGUUUUGACUAAUUUCAAAGUUUUCACUUGCAUAUUAUGGAUAAGAAAGCCCAUCACCUCAAUCCUGAAGAUAAGCUUGAGCUUAGCCAUGGCAGACAGUUGUGCAUCCUGCAUAUCAGGCAUCGUCAUUUUCUUCGAGGAUUACAUAACUUUCAGAUUUUUCAUUAUCUUAGAUAUGGUGAAGUUGUGUUUUAUUCUGGUUACAGUUUUUCACCUGUUAAGUCUUGCAGUUAACCACUACAUGGGAAUCCACAAGCCUCUGCAUCAUAACUCCAAAUCAAGUCAAAGCAUGUCUGGAGUUCUCUUCAUCUUAUGGACUAUUCCUACUCUUUUCCUCGUAGGAUUGUACACCAUUGCGGGAGGACAUUCCUUCUGGAUAUCCUUAUACAACGACACCCUCAUAAACGAUACGCUGUUCAUUCACAGUUUCAGGUUCAGAAUGGCCAUCUCAUCGUUCAUCGUCAUCUCCAUGAUUUGCAUCAUCAUUUGUUAUAUAUCUAUUCUACUGAUCAUAAGGAAACAGAAGAAGAUCUGGAACAAGGUGUCCUUCGGUGGGAGUGUUAUUCGAAGAGGUCGCCAUAUCAAUAGGAAAGUAGAUAGACACACGAAUCACGUUCAGAUCAGACUGAAGGGUAAUUCAAAGGCUGUGUAUACUACCCUAAUCAUCAUGGUUUCUUGUCUUCUCGGAUGGAUACCUGCUCUUACAAUCUACGCGAUAGCUUGUAGUCAAGACUGUUUGAUUAGUGGUGAGCUAUUGAAUUACGUGAAUGAGAAAUACAGGAGGCAGGUCAUAAUGCUCAGGUUCUUUGACAACGAAAUGCUGUUUCUGAAGAUGAUAGCCAAUCCGAUCAUCUACAGUAUAAGGAUGAAGGAAUUGAGGGAUGGCAACAAUCGAAUGCACAACGCCAUUUUGUAUUAUUUGGGCUACAGAAGAGUGAAAAGACGCGAAGGUACUUGUACCACCUUUGUAUGCAGUGGAUUUUCCAACACCGCUCAAAGAUAUUCUAUGAGGUCACAACUGAAAGGCAGAACGAAUAUGAUCACAACUGACAGAAGUCAGAAAGACUUCUGCAGGAGUUCAUAUCUAUGA